AAAUGAUUAAUUUACACAAUGAUUCUAAAUAAAGUCUGUAAUAGCAAGACUAAGAAGUGUAUGAAUUGAUUGAGAAAGAAAAGAACCUAUAAAAAAAUAGUUUAAAUUUGAUUCCAAGUGAAAAUUAUACAUCUAGAGCAGUAGCUGAAGCAUUAUCAUGUGUUUUUAGUUCUAGAUAUGCUCCAGGUAUGAUAAGAAAAUAAUUUUUAAAAAAGGUCCUCAAGGAAGUAAAUAUGCACCUUAAGUUGAAAAUUAUGAUGAAAUGGAGAAAGUUUGUUAAGAUAGGGCAUUAGCAGCAUUUUAAUUAGAUCCAUAAUAAUGGGGUGUUAAUGUAUAGAUGGGAAGUGGAUCAACAGCUAAUUUAGCAAUAUUCUUAGGUGUACUUGAACCAAAGGAUAGAAUAAUGAGUAUGGAAUUUUAAUAAGGUGGACAUUUUUCACAUGGUUAUUAGAUAGGAGAUAAGAAAUUAUCUGCUAUUAGUAAAAUAUUUGAAGUUCUAUUUUACUAACUUAAUGAAGUAAAAUAAGAAUUUAUAAAAAUAUAGAAAACUUAAGAAAUAGAUUAUGAUAAGAUUGAAUUACUAGCUAAAUCAUUCAAACCAAAAUUAAUAGUUGCAGGUUGUUCAGCUUAUAGUAGAUUAAUUAAUUUUUAAAGAUUUAGAAACAUUUGUGAUUAAGUAGGUGCUAUUUUAUUAGCUGAUAUUGCUCAUACAAGUGGUUUAAUGUCAGCUGGAGUUAUUCCUUCUCCAUUCCCUUAUGCAGAUAUUGUUAUGACUACUACUCAUAAAUCGUAUUUAUUUAUUUCUUAAUUAGUUUACGAGGACCAAGAGGUAGUUUAAUAUUUUAUAAAUUAUAAUAUAGAAAUAGAAUAGAUGAAUCAGUUGCGCCAGGAUUAGUUGCAGGAGCACAUUUUCAUACUAUUACUGCUAUUGCUGUAGCAUUAAAAGAAGCUUAAACUCCAUCAUUUAAAUAACUUUAAUAAGAUGUUAUUGAUAAUAAUAAACAUUUUGCAGCAGAAUUAUAAAAAUUAGGAUUUGGUUUAAUUGCAGGUGGCACUGAAAAUCAUUUAAUUUUAUUAGACUUAAGAAACUUUAAUGUUGAUGCUGUUAAAUUAGAAUAUAUAUUAAGUUUAAUCAAUAUUUAAUGCAAUAAAAACUUUGUUCCUUUUGAUACUGUUCCUAUAUAAAGAGCAUUGAGGAUUGGGUAUUUUAUAUUUUUAUUAAAGCUCUAUACCAUUAUCAGUUAGAAAAGCCACUAAAGAACAUUUCACUAGAGUUGCUUAAAUCAUUAAAUAAUCUGUUGAAUUAAUCUAAAAUGUUACUAUUGAUAUUAAAUAAUGGGUAACUGAAAAUGAAGAUAAAAUAAUACCAUUAAAAAAACAAGUUGUUUAAUUAGCUAAUGAAUUGCCAAUACCUUGGAUGUGAAAUGUUUUAUUUAAAUAUAUAAAAAGUACAUAAAAUUAUAAUUAGUC